CGUGUGGAGCAACUGUGUGAAUCACGCGCGUCGACAGCCGUGGUGGAGGUGGCGGAUCCAUAGAGAAUGACUUGAUGCUUUUUAACUCGUUGAUUGGCCAGGGAUUUUCCAGAAGGAGAAUAGAAAUUACUGGCGGUGAGUGCUGGCUAUAACUAGCUUGUGUCUGUGAUUCGGUACUUCUAGGUUCGGCGGCUUUAUGACGGAGAUACCGUUUUUCAAGAAGGGCCAGUUCUAAACCCAUGUCGUGUAGUGCUUACCGCCCAGGGAUGACAUCAUCAAUGACGUCGAGAUCUGUGAUGCUUUUGCUGAUCUCUGCACUAGCACACAUCAGCAUUGGAGGCAUUUACAUACCACGUCGACAAUACAACUUCUUUAUCCCACCGGUGGCGGACACUCCCGAUCUGACCAUCAAAAUCCCCGUCCUGGAGAACUCGGCUGUCCAGUGUGAACCUCGACAGGCCAACUUCUUGACCACUCUGUCCGACUUCGUGGACACCGCUUACGAAAAUAAUGCGAUCGUUCUUCGAUUCAUUGGCAAUGUCAACGCAUCUAUCUCCGAUGAACCUGUCACGUUUGACGUGACGAUCACAUGUGACGCCGACACAGAGAGCAAGAGUCACAACUACUACCGACAGUUCCUCACUACUUCUGUUACCAUCGUGAUUCAAGCCACUCCCACAGAGCUGCCUCCUGAUUUUCACCGAGACACCGUGAGCGGGCAACUCUUCAAUGCGAAUGUGACAAAACAGUUGUGUUUCGGUGGAGAUCUCUUGGCUUACAAUGUGACAGAAAAUGACAAGAAUGUUCGACUUGACGUAAUAUCCGGUUACAGGAAGUUGAUCAUGCCGGAAGGACUGGAGGCUACAUUAAUCCCUAAGCAAGACAACACAGUGGGUCUUUCAGUGGACUCUACCAGCCAAGAAGUCACCCUGAUUCGAGCCUUGGACAGAGAGGAACAAGAGACGCAUACAGUCCCCGUGUUAUGCAAGUUGACCUACAAAGGAAGUGUCUUGUUCAACAAAUCAUAUGACGCCACCAUCCACGUCAUAGAUGUGGACGACAACGUGCCUAUGGCAAUGCAAGGGAGGAAAAUCCUAGUGCCUCUGGACGUCAGGUUACUGAACAAUAACCCAAAGUCAUCUCAGCUGACACUGUUGUCCUAUGACCCUGACUCUCUGGCCCUGGCAGACACUAGCACGUUUGCGGUGACCUUGAACGACAGCGCCACACCUUUCACACUGAAAGCUAGCAACUUCUUUAAGAUACCGAAGUGGAAACAGGAAAGAGACAAAAAAAAACCUUCAGCUACAAUCAUCAGAACAGUACUCCUGCUGAAGCCAGUGAACCCAUCUUUCCUCCCGUAUGUGGUGGACGUAACAAUAGAGGAUCUCACCUACACACCCAGCCUGACAGCUACGCCAAAGAAGAACAUGGCCAUACACCGACUGGUGGUACAGUCUCAGACAAGUGACGAGGUGAUCAGACGAGAUCUGCCCACAAUUCGCAUGGAUGUCGCCGCCACCAGAUACUCACUAGUUGUUCGGUUGGAGGAAGAGCCAGAGAAAGUGCCUACCAAUGUCAGCUACCGCAUAGUGACUUCUAAUCCCGAGGCUCUCAAAAGGGUUUUGGCCGUCACCAACUCUGGUGAUGUCUACGUGAACGAGGUGUAUAACUUGACCCGAUAUAAAGGCAUCAACCCUAUUUUGGCUGUAGUGACCAAAACAGACAGCGGUCAAGAAGUGGAGAGGAUCGCGAUUAGAGUCGAGUUGGCAGACACACUUCGUGAGGGACCCGGAGAUGAGUGCCGUGCCGGCUGCUCUGCGGAGUACAACGAAGAAGACUGCGUGACGUCAUGCGGAUAUGGCGCUAUUUCUGGCCGUUGUUCGUGGCGAGAAGGAGACACUACCAUGUCAGCUAACUACAGCACCUGCACCCCCAAUCUGGACACAUGUCCGGACGGGAUUUGCAGUGAGCUUGAGGUUAAAGAUUUCCUCAUUUGCCCUCAAGACUGUAGUCAAGAAUCUAUGACAGGCCAGCUCUUGCGUUGGCCACUAAACCGCGGAAUCUUCAAAGCCAAAGGACCGUGCUGGUGUGACGGAGAUCGCUACUGUCAGUGCGGACCCCUCAAGCUGCCACCUGGUCACACCAACUACAGUUUCUCAGGAACUGCGGGACACAGAGUUCGAGGACAAGUGGGAGUUCCCGCGACACUGUCUGACCCUGGAACAUGUGCUGGGGGAAGGAGAGUUUGGACAAGUGGUCAGAGCUCAGGCGCAUAUGCUUCGGCCACAGGAGGAGAGCAGUGUGGUAGCUGUGAAGAUGCUAAAGCCGGAGGCAUCUGGAGCAGAAUAUCAAGAUCUGGUGUCCGAAUUUCAGCUCCUCAAAGAAGUAGAUCAUCCCAACGUGAUCAAGCUUCUCGGUGUUUGCACGUUGAAAGGGCCUCUCUACGUUAUAGUAGAAUUUUGCGAGCUUGGUUCGUUGCGCAGCUUUCUGCGUGCGUCGAAGUUCAAGAACAAGGGCAGUUGGGAGGACAAGCAGAGGAGCGGAAAUGACCCAUCGAUGAUCUCUGAGAAAAAUGAAACCCGGAUUUUGACCUUUCGAGACCUGUUUUCAUUUGCCUGGCAAAUCUCCAAAGGCAUGGACUAUCUCUCGGGACUAAAGAUUGUCCACCGUGAUCUAGCAGCCCGCAAUGUCCUGGUGACGGAAGGCAUGAAGAUGAAAAUUUCUGAUUUCGGUCUGAGCAGGGACGUGUACGAGGCGGACACCUACCUCAAAAUGAGCAAGGGUCGGAUUCCGGUCAAAUGGAUGGCUCCUGAAUCCCUGUACGCUCAGAUUUACACUACCAAGAGCGAUAUAUGGUCCUACGGGGUCGUCUUAUGGGAGGUAGUCACUCUAGGUGCAUCCCCGUACCCUGGCAUUCCUCCGGAGAGGUUGUUCCCCCUGCUGAGCACAGGAUACAGAAUGGACAGGCCAGACGACUGUCCGGAGGAAUUAUAUGCAAUAAUGCAAAAAUGCUGGAAGACAGAGCCAGAGCACAGACCCAGUUUCUUCAUGCUGACAGACAUAUUGGACAGCCUGCUACAACAGAACACAGAGUAUCUUGAGUUAGCAGACGAGCACUACUUCACACACAAUGCUGCUAGUGACAGAGGGGACAGAGUUUCGCGUCAUCCCACGCCCUCCUUCCCUGAUGACCGGCACUACGGCAACCUGUGUCCUGUGACCUCAUUGCCGGCCACACAACCCGACGCUUACGUUAGACCUGAGUGGUCGGCAGACGAAUCAGAUGAUGAAUCUCGCCUGCCAGAAUCCUCCAAACUACUCACAGAUCCUCACGCCGAUACGCAGAAGACGAAACAAGCAGAUACAGACAAGUUCAAAGGGGCAGACGACGCGUCUGUGGAUACGUCAUUACUUAACGAUUGCAACACGGACACAACACACAAGCAUAGAGUAUUGGUUCAUGAAAACUUGACUUAUGUAUAAACAUGCCCGUAUUUAUAAAUGUAAAUAUAUUAUUAAAAUUAUCAUUUCAUGGUCAAGUGUUUUGGGUGAAAUGCCAGGUAUGUUCUGCUGAUGACGCAAAUGGUAGUGAAUCUACAUAUUUUUGGUUCACAUACCUUAACAAAUUCAUGUGUUCAGUGCUUAAAGUAGUGCCUUCGAAAGUUUGUCGGCUUUCUUUUCUGAGUGUUUUUUAAAAAUGUUUUUUUUUGUUUCAGCAGAAAGAGCUGGGAAGGAUACUAAGCUUAUGAAAUAAGAAUGAGCUUUAUGAUCAACACUUUUCUCAUCGCUGUUUCGAUUCUGAACUACCAGUCCAUCGUUCUUCUAACUGUUUGAAGAGCCUUUUUUUCGUUGAUUGUAGGAUAACAAUUCUGGACAUGGAAGCAGCGGUUCUGAACUCUGUGUAUUUUGUGGCUUAUUAGCAACCAAAUAUCGAGUGUUCAUAUAUCGAUGCUCUCAAAAAAAGCAGUUUUUAUCCUGAUCUUUCCCCGAUACCCAUCUUUUUAGGCUUUCCAAAUUAGUUUACCUGUGUCUAGCCCUGCCUCGUUUGCCAGUGAGUUUGUUUAUUCGGGUGUCCCAGAAUCAGCGAGCACUACCUCAUUUGAUUUCUUUUUCUUCCAAGAGAUUCUCCACAGCCUCAUGCGAGAUAUUUCUGCUGCUUUUAUUUCAUUUUCAAAGCUGUUGCCUCUAGAAAUUGCCUGCUUUGCUCCAAAAGCAAAAAGGAAGUACUACAAAAGUUUUCCGUUUCAGCCCUCAAAUAGGAGCCUGAUUUGGCCUGAUCGUAUAAAUAUUUUAAAGACCCUCACGCCUAAAAAGCAAGUAAAAAAAAAUCAAAUGUUCACUAUAUUGUUUCUGUGAUGUGAAUCAUCCUGACCAAUGGUAUUUUUCAACUGAGGCUUGCAAUGUUAUUGUAUGUAAAGAAUGCACUUUACCUACAAUAUC